UGAAUUAACGCUUAAAUCCCUGGAUUUUUUUCUCGAUAUGCAUUUAUUGUGAAGGAAAACUACCGGAAGUGAUAUUUCUCGGUCGGUUCCGGAGACCGCAACCAUGGACGACUAUCAGACAGACGAAGAGGCUGGAUUCGUCGUUGAAGACGUGAGCAAAAUCAUAAAUGAGUCGGUGGAAGCAGCCAUUGGAGGAAAUGCCUACCAGCACAACCGUGUGAACCAGUGGACCACCAGUAUAGUGGAGCAGUGCCUCAGUCAGCUCAGCAAGCUGGGAAAGCCUUUCAAAUACAUCGUAACCUGUGUCAUCAUGCAGAAAAAUGGAGCAGGUCUGCAAACAGCCAGCGCAUGCUUCUGGGACAACUCUACUGAUGGAAGCUGUGCAGUGAGAUGGGAAAACAAGUCUAUGUACUGCAUUGUCAGCGUUUUUGGGCUCGCCAUCUGAACCUACGACAACCCCACUGUUUGAAUUGUCCAAAUUUUUGAGAACUUGCAUUAUUUGGUUUGUGCUUUUCAUAUAUGUAUAUAGUUUGUGUGUUAAGUGAGAUUUAU